UAUUUAUAGAUCGUGAGGGUGUUGUUAUUUAUUGUUAAAUGCAUUAACAUGGAGGAAACGAAAGUUAUUUACUAUAUAGACGACGAGGAGACGCCGUAUUUAGUUAAAAUCCCCAUAUCACCAGAAAAGGUGACGUUAUUAGACUUUAAAAAUCAACUAAACAGGCCGAACUAUAAGUUUUUCUUUAAAUCUAUGGACGAUGAUUUUGGUGUUGUGAAAGAGGAGAUAGUGGAUGAUAACGCGCAUCUACCGUGUUUUAACGGUCGUGUGGUGUCGUGGCUGGUGUCUGCGGAGGGCUCCAACCCUUCUGACGGGGCGUCUCAGUGUACGGAUAGUAAUGCUGGGAAGACUAAACAAAACAAUCAUGGGGCUGGUACGGCGCCCCUCACGAGGGAUACCUGCACUGAUACGGACAGCACGAUCAGCUCCCGACCCGGGCACAGAGCGUCCUGUGAUAAAUACAAGUAUAGAGGCCUACGCAUAAACGGCCAUUCCAAAUAUGGAAACCACGGGUUAGAAUACGAGACUGCAUCAGUUCUAAGUUCAGAUCUGGACUCGACCAGUCUAUUCGAUAGUCAGUCAGAGAUCACUACGACUACGGGGCGGCAUACGAACGCGUCCGUGGACAGAGCCCUAACAGAAUGCAGCAGUGUGUCCCACCUACAAGUUAGUUCCCGAAAGCGGCCGCAGAGAAGACGAAAAAGACCGCAAGUCAUGUCCAGAACCUCUUCAUAUUCAUCGAUAACUGAUUCUACAAUGUCUAUGCAUAUAAUAACGGUGACUUUAAAUAUGGAUACGGUUAAUUUCCUUGGUAUAUCAAUAGUGGGACAGUCGAACAAGGGUGGUGAUGGGGGAAUCUAUGUGGGGAGCAUCAUGAAGGGCGGAGCGGUGGCGCUGGACGGUAGGAUAGAGCCUGGAGACAUGAUAUUACAGGUGAAUGACGUGAACUUUGAGGAUAUGACGAAUGAUGAAGCGGUUCGUGUGCUCCGGGAAGUGGUGCAGAAGCCGGGCCCCAUCAAGCUGGUGGUAGCCAAGUGCUGGGACCCCAACCCUAAAGGGUACUUCACAAUACCCAGGACGGAACCAGUCAGACCCAUAGACCCUGGCGCGUGGGUGGCUCACACGCAGGCCCUGCGCGAGGCGUACCCGCCGCCGCCGCCGUCGCUGUCGGCGCUGCCCGCGCUGCCCGGCGGAGCCCCCGGGCCCGCGUCGGAGGCCCCCACGCUGGCGCUGGGCGCGGAGCCCCCGCUCUCCGUCGCCAUGGACAUGGCGCUCGUCGUGCGCGCCAUGCUGCGCCCGGACUCCGGUCUGGAGAUCCGAGACCGCAUGUGGCUGAAGAUCACCAUUCCGAACGCGUUCAUCGGCGCGGAUGUGGUGGAGUGGAUCCUGCAGCACGUGGCCGGCGUGGCGGACCGCCGCGAUGCCCGGAAGUACGCCUCGCAUAUGCUCAAGGCGGGGUUCAUCAGGCACACGGUGAACAAGAUAACGUUCUCGGAGCAGUGCUACUACGUGGCGGGCGAGCUGUGUGCGGAGCUGGCGGCGCUGAGACUGCGGCCGCACGACGCGGACAGCCUCCUCAGUGACACGCUGGCGCCCCUGCCCAACCCCAACAUGAUGGCGGCCGGGUACAUGCCGUACGCGGGCUCGUACGGCUACCAGCCGAUACCGUUCAAGUACACCUCGUGCGUCACCAGCGAGCACACCAUAUACGGAUAUAACAGAGAGGAGAGCGUUUUGUCCGGAAGUGGAGGCUCCAGUGCUGGAUCUGAUCACCUCACCGCCAAGGAGCUCGCUGGUCGAGAGGGCGAGGUGAAGUCCACAUCGAGCGGCUCGGCGGCGUCCGUGGCGGCCGACGGGGGCGGAGGGGGCGGCGGGGGAGGCGGAGGCGGCGGAGGGGGCGGGGGGGCGCGCAGGGAGCACUCGCACUCCAGCGGGUCCUCGCGAGCCGGGGAGCGGCCCGUGCUGUUCCUCUAACGGACGGAACUGUAAGCGCUCUCAGCACAUAGCGUCAUGAACUGCCAAAUAUCCCUAGGUAAUUUACUGGUAUAUAUAUGUAUUUGUAUACAUUUUGUAUGUCUGUCGCCAUCUAAUAAGGAUCAUAAGGAAGUAGAAUCGUAAGGAGUGACGUCACAAUUGGAGAACGUCCAAUAGCAGUCGCCCGUUAUGAAGGACGUUCGAAAUUUAAAUUGACCUUACACGUGUUAAUUAUGACGUCAGAAUUAAAUAUCCCAUUACAUGCAGUAAUUAAAAAAUACCUGUUCGAAAUUUAAAAUAUCUAUACCUUUUUAAAAAUAGAAUAGGCUGUAUGGUCUGAGAAUCUUUGGCUGUUCCAUUGUUAAA